CGACAAAAAUGACCGAUAAAGAGCAGCUGACUCAGAGGGAUACGAAUGUACGGCAGCGUGAAGCGGAGAAUUUACGAAGGAUUGCGUUUUGCGGCGUAGCUGUUUCAACAGUGGCGACAGUACUAUGCGUUAUUUCCGUGCCAAUCAUUUACAAUUAUAUGCAGCAUGUGCAGUCUAUGAUGCAGAAUGAGGUGGAUUUUUGCCGAUCACGAUCUGGCAACAAUUGGCGUGAAGUUAUGCGUACGCAGGAAUGGUGCUUUGACUGCGAAGACGGCCCGCCAGGUCCAACUGGUGCUCCGGGACCAAAAGGUCCACCGGGAAAACCAGGGCCUGAUGGAUUUGCUGCUGAAGGUGGACUGCGAGGACCUCCAGGUGAAUCUGGACAGAUUGGACCGCCAGGAACUCCUGGAAUGCCUGGACCAAAAGGGCCACCGGGACCACCAGGACAAGACCAAAAGGGCCACCGGGACCACCAGGAC